AAUGUCAACACUGAAGAUAACGGUCACAACGGUGCGGGGCAAGAUUAGUCCGAUUUCCAGCUGCCCAGACGCGGUUUGGCGUCCAGAGUCAAACGUGGCAGCUGAACUCAGGGAUUAUUCGUUCCCUGAUUGCAAGAUUGCCAGGGUUUAGCAAGAGUAGAGGAAAAUACGAUUUUAAAAAAAAGGAAGCCAAAAGAACAGCUCGCUAACAAAACCGCAGAACUCGUCCGAAGAGGGAGCAAAGACGGGAGAGAAUCGCAACGAAGCAGCGGAACAGAAUCAGACAACCGGGCCGAAAGAGCUCGCGAGGGCCAUACCAGCAAGAGGGUGCGGUCAGACCCCAGAGGAAGGACGGUCGGCUGUCAGGAGGUCGGAGUGGGAGCUUGUAGCGGAGCCGGGCUCGCUGCAGCCCCGGGGGAUGAGGCGCCGGGGGCUUGGGACCGCCGUGACCGAGCAGACUGAACCGGGGCCCGGGUCGCCAUGGACCAGUCGGGAUUGGUGCAGGCCACGCUGGCGCCGGGGCACCAGUGUCGGGCUGCGUUGCAAGGCAUUGCGUUAAUUGGAGAAUCAAAUGAAAGCCGUAUAAUAGGACUUGUGAAGUGCAGCAGUGAGUUUGCUAUUUUUAUGUACUCUCACAGAAGAAUGCCGGUCAUUGCAGAGGAUGUAUCACUGGAAGAAAUAGUGCCCAUCUCAGAUGACUUUGUUAUUGAGGAAGUGAUUCAGAGUACACAUAUUCUUGGUUCUGACACGACUGUCAAAAUAACAUCCAGAGAUGUUGCUCAAGCCUUUCAACUGCCAUUUGGCUCACAGUCUAGGAUUUUCCUACAGGAAAUCAACAGGGCACGUGGAGAAGUACUCAAACAGGCUCUUACUGGAGGAUUCCCACUCCAAUUUCAAUGGCUGUCAAAGUACCAACAAAAGAAAAAUUCCCAGUGUCACAAAUCCAAAGGGAAAGAAUAUGCAAACAACAGUGCAGCCUCAUUCACUUCUGCCCAAGAGAAAAAAGCCAGCAAAGUCGGCGGUGAUUCUGAUCUGCUGGCUUUGGAAGUUGAUGGAGAAGACAAGGGCACACAGAAAGAUAAAGAUGGCUGUCCUGAUUCUAUCCAAGCAAGCCCAGAAAUAAUUGAUGACACCAUCUGCAAUAGCAAGGUGACGGUUACAAGCAAAGGACACAUCCUCAGUCUACCACAGUUUGGACUGAGGGACAAUUUAAUCAAAUCUGAGCUACUGAAGCAAGAAGAAAAGUACACAUACAUUCAAGAUUACAGAAUUUUUGCAGGAACAUACAAUGUGAACGGCAAGCCUCCAAAGCAGGAUCUGAAGCCUUGGUUAAGCUGCAAUGAUGAACCGCCUGAUAUCUACUGUGUUGGUUUUCAAGAAAUUGACCUGAGCAAGGAAGCAUUUCUUUUUAAUGAUACUCCAAAGGAAGAGGAGUGGUUCGUGGCUGUGACUGAAAGUCUUCAUCCGUCAGCCACAUAUGCAAAGAUCAAGCUCGUGCGCCUGGUUGGAAUGAUGCUAAUAUUAUACGUGAGGAAAGAACAUGCUGCGUUUGUUUCAGAAGUGGAAGUUGAAACAGUAGGAACUGGCAUAAUGGGAAGAAUGGGUAACAAGGGCGGAGUGGGUAUAAGAUUUCAGUUUCAUAACACCUCCUUGUGUAUCGUGAACUCCCACCUCGCAGCACACACUGAAGAAUGUGACAGACGGAACCAGGACUACAAAGAAAUCUGCUCCAGAAUGCGUUUUGUUCAGUCUAACCUGCCAUUAACGUCGCUUACAAUCAUGAAGCAUGACGUUAUAAUAUGGCUUGGAGAUUUGAACUACAGGAUAAAUCAUCCUGAUGCAGAAACAGUUAAAAAGCUAAUAGCAGCAAAGGACUAUACGAAACUCAUCAAGUAUGACCAGCUGACAAACCUCAUGGAGGACCUGCAGGUAUUCCAAGGAUUCAAAGAGGGAAUAAUCAAGUUUCAGCCAACCUACAAAUAUGAUAUUGGCACAGACAACUGGGACACAAGUGAGAAAUGCCGAGUCCCCGCAUGGUGUGAUCGGAUCCUUUGGAGAGGAAACAACGUCAAGCAGUUGGAUUAUCGGAGUCACAUGGCUUUGAGAAUCAGUGACCAUAAACCUGUUAGCGCAUUCUUCCAAGUUGGGAUAAAAGUGGUCAAUCAAGACUUGUACAGGAAGACCUAUGAAAAUAUUGUUCGUACUUUAGAUAGAAUGGAGAAUGAUUCCAUUCCUUCAGUGUCACUUUCAAAGACAGAGUUUCAUUAUGAGAAUGUAAAGUUCAUGCAGCUCCAGGUUCAAACGCUUGUCAUUGCCAACACUGGACUUGUGCCCUGUCAGUUUGAAUUCAUUACCAAGUUGAAUGAACCUUCUUAUUGCAAGCCAUGGUUUAGUGCUACACCAAACAAAGGGAUUUUACAUGAAGGGGAGAAAGUAGAAAUUGAGUUGGAAGUUUAUGUGAAUAAAACAACUGCUCUCUCUUUAAAUAUGGGAGAGGACCGCAUCGAGGAUAUUUUAAUCUUGCAUCUACGACGAGGAAAAGAUUAUUUUCUGGCCAUUUCGGGAAAUUAUCUACCAAGUUGUUUCGGAUCUUCAUUGAAUGCACUUUGCUGCAUGAAGGAGCCAAUUCGCGAUGUCUUACCUGAAAGAAUACAAGAACUGGAAAGAAGUGCAAUGGAGAACAAAUAUAUCAACUGCUUUCCAAAUGAAGUGGAACUUGAUAUGCCAAAAGAAAUUUGGACAAUGGUCGACCACCUGCAUCGCAAUGCUUCACUCCAGGGAGAUUUGUUCCAGCAACCAGGACUGAAGUCAGAAUUUGAGGAGAUAAGAGACUGUUUAGAUACUGGAAUACCAGAGUUUCUCCCUGGCAGUAACCAUUCCAUAUGCGAAGCAUUGUUGCUCUUUCUAGAUGCUCUUCCUGAGCCCAUCAUCAAUUACAACCUGUAUGACAAGUGUUUGGAAAGUUCCAGCAGCCGCAUUCAGUCUGAGCAGGUUAUCUCUAUGCUAUCUCAAUGCCAUCGGAAAGUAUUCAACUAUUUAAUAGCUUUCCUUCGAGAACUUCUGAAGAAUGCAAAGUCCAACAACCUUGAUGUUUCUACACUUGCAAGCAUCUUCGGAUCUCUAUUGCUGAGACCACCUCCCAAUGCAGUAAAUAAGUAUGAGUCAAUUGCUUCUAAGAAGGCAGCACAGCUGUUCAUUACACAUUUUCUUAUACAGAAGGAUGGUUGCUGAAGUAACUCAACCUGACCAACAUAGAUUAUUUUGUAAAGUUCAAUAAAAUUGUACAAUUUGCAGACAAGACUAUUUUUUUAUUAAAUUCAAGACAAAUGUAGAGCGAUGCAAAUAUUUUGAUAUUUGGAAGCAUGAGUUCUGAUGUUUGUACUGUAACUUUCUAUUAGUGUUUGAGCUGGAGAGAUUCUCCCUCUAUUUUGUCAAAGUUCAAUGAAACUGUGUUAAUGUCUCAUUUUUGUUAUGCAUCAAGUGCAGAGCACUAAUGGUUUUGUAUGUUAAUAGUUAUUUACUGUUUACAAGUAAAUCCCCACAGAUUACUCCAUGCUCACUUUCUCUGGGCAAACUGUUUUAACGAUUUUCCAUUACAGUUGGUGACAGAGUUGCCCUUAAAACUGUAUUUUCCACACUAGCUCUGAGCUUGUUGAUCUCUUAUGAUAGAGACAGGUGACCUCCUGCAUCAGAAAUUUUCUACUAUUUUAUGAAAUGGGAAGACUAUACAGGACAACUCCUUGAUGGCGAUUUCUGGGUAUCACCCCAUUAGAAAAAGGUGAAAGCAAUAACUGAUUGAAGGUUGUCAAAAUUUUGCUUGCAAUUAAUCUAACCCAAACACUAGAAAGAAUUGGAAGGAAGUGGUAAUCAUGUCAUUACGACUGAAAAGUUACAACUGCAGAUUAAGCUGUGGGAAUGUGGAGAUUGAACUACAGUCAUGCGAAGUUUGCUUAGCCAUUAAUAUAGUUGUUGUCUUUUGAAGCUGAUACAAUGAUGAGACUAUACCUAGUAAAACAGCAGAGCUUUUUUAUUUCAAUACAAACCAAGAGUGAUUCGUGCAAAGAAAUUUUCCGUAAUCAAAGUUUAGGACCAACACAUAAAAAUGCAAGAAUUUUGAAUAGAUGAAUGUGAUUACCAGCUCUCAUUUGAAAUUUUUUUCCCCUUUCAGCUAUUUUGAAACAGAUUUGGGAAUCACAUGAAGCAUUUACUUAUCAUAGUUCGGUCUGAUAAUAUAUUUCCCAAGAAAUGUAAAUAUAGUGUUUUUACCAACGUAAGAUUUCGGCAUGAGUUUUUAAAUCAUUGAUCUAUAGACCCUUCAUUCUAGAUAGACAAACAAUGAGCAUAUUAAAUUAUUGUAAAUUAUUUAAACUGAGCAACAUUGCUGUUUUCGGGUAAAAUAUUUAACCCAACAUUAAAUCUUAUUGGGAGAAUGUAGUAGGUAUUUUAGUUUGGCAAACAAUUGUAACUGGAAUGAGUUGCAGUGAAUUUUCAGAAUCAGGUUUAACAUCGUUGGCAUAUUUCAAAAAAUUUGUUUUCUAGCAGCAGUACAUUGCAAUACAUAAUAAAUACAUUGCAAACUAUAAAUUGCAAUAAGUGUAUAUAUGAAAAAAACUUAAAUGUAGUGCAGAAAGAGGGGGAAAAAUAUUGUCUCCUUGAGUUGGUUGUAAAUUCAGAAAUCUGCUGGUGGAGGGGAAGAAAGUGUUCCUGAAAUGCUGUGUGUAUAUUCAGGCUUCUGUAACAUUUUAAUUUUUCCAUUGAAAUCAUACUUGGAUCACCUGCAUUUCAAUCUCAGGUCUACCAUAAUGCAGCUUGUGCCAUAUUGUACCUAUUUUGUACCAUAUUGUAAAUUAUUUCUGGCAUUGCAGUUACACAAAUUGCUUCAGUUCAUUUAAUCCAUGUAACAGAGGCAUACUUUGUGGUUGCUCUUUUCAUUUUGCUGAUGCAUUCCAUUUGUGUUACACAAUAUUAAAUAACUCAAAUUGUUCUAAAGCUUCACUUAAAUGAUUAUCUGGUAAUGAGUGGUCUUUAGUGUUAGAUAAAACUUAAGCUGAUUUAUUAUCCCUCUAAACACCAUUUUUCCGCCUUCUCCCCGUAACCUUUGACACCUUUACCAAUAAAGAACCUAUCAACCUCCACUUUAAAUAUACCCAAUGACUAGGCCUCCACAGUUGUUUGUGGCAAUGAAUUCCACAGGUUGGCCACCCUCUGGCUAAAGAAAUACCUCCUUAUCUCUGUUCUAAAUGGAUAUCCUUCCAUUCUGAGGCUAUGCCCUCUGAUCAUAGAUGCCCCCACUGUUGGAAACAUCCUCUCCAUGUCCAAUCUAGACCUUUCAAUGAGAUCCUCCAUUUUUUCUGAACUCCACCAGGUUCUUCUAUUGUCAUUCAGCUGUACGUGCAUACUGCCGAUCGAGGCAACAUUCCUUCAGUCCAAGGUGCACACCACAGAAUUCACACACGUAGCAUGUAAAGUAAUAUUAUCACAAAUAAAUCAACAAAAAAUAAGGUGCUUAUGUGAUACGAGUGCAAGAGUAAGCAGUAUAAUGCUACUGGUGCUUCAUCUAUGAUGAGACCUGGGGGGUAGCAAAGCCAUCGAAUGCUCCUCAUUUGUUAACCCUUUCAUUCUCAUGAAACGCCUCUGGACCUUUUCCAUUGCCAGCACACCCUUUCUUAGAUAAGGGGCUCAAGACUGCUCGCAAUACUCCAGGUGCAGUCUGACCAAUGCCUAGUAAAGCCUCAGCAGUACAUGUUGCUUUUAUAUUCUAGUUCUCUCAAAAUGAAUGCUAACAUUGCAUUUGCCUUCCUUACCACUGAUUUGACCUGCAAGUUAAUAUGUAAGGAAUCCCAAGUCCCUUUGCAAGUCUGAUUCCUGAAUUUGCUCCCUAUUUAGAAAAUUCCUUCUACCAAAGUGCAUGACUAUAUACUGCAAUACUGUGUUUUUGAUUUGCCACAUCUUUUCCCAUUCUCCUAAUAUGUUUAAGGCUUCUGCAAUAUUACCUGUCCCUCCACAUAUCUGUGUAUCUGCAAAGUUGGCCGUAAUUCUGUCAUCCAUUAACAUGGAAAAAGUGAUCCCAACACCAACCCCUGCGGAACAUCACUAGACACUGGCACCCAAUCAGAAAAGGCCCCAUUUCUUCCCACUCUUUGUUUCCUGCUAGUCAGCCAAUCUUCUAUCCUGAUUGUAUAUUUCUUGUAAUACCAUGGGCUCUUAUCUCGUUAAGCAGCCUCACAUGCAGCACCUUGUCGAAGGCCUUCUGAAAAUCCAAGUAAACAAGAUCCCCUGACUUUGUCUAUUCAGCCAGUUAUUUCCUCAAAGAAUUUUAACAGAUUAGUCAGGCAUGAUUGCUGCUUAAGGAAAUCACGUUGACUUUGGCCCAUUUUGUCAUGUGCCUCCAAGUACCCCGAAACUUCGUCCUUAAUAAAUGGACUCCCAGCCACUGAGGGAAGGUGACUGGUCCAUAAUUUCCUGAGUUUUACCUCUCCCCCUUCUUAAAAAAAAACAGAGACACUUGCAAUUUUUCAGUCCUACAGAAACAUUCCAAAAUUUAGUGAUUCUUGAAAGAUCACUGCUAAUGCCUCCACAAUCUCUUCAACUACCUCUUUCAGAAGGCUGGGGUGUGGUCCAUCUGAUCCAGGUGACCUAUCUACCUUCAGACUUUUCAGCUUCCCAAGUAUCCUCUCCUUAGUAAAAGCAACUACACCCUCUUUUGCCCCUGUCACUCCUGAAUUCCUGAAAUACUGCUAGUGCCUUCCACAGUGAUGACUGAUGCAAAAUACCUGUUGAGUGUGUCUGCAAUUUCUUUAUUCCCUAUCGCUACUUCUCCAGUAUCAUUUUCUAACUGUCCAGUCUCUCACCUUCCCCUCCCCCUCUCCUCCCUCUCCUCUUUCCUUCCCUCCUCCUUCUGUGCUCCCCUCUCUCCUUCACCCCUUCCCCCUCUCCCCAUCUGCCUCUCUCUCCAUCUCUCCCCUUUGCUGCUCUGCCCAUCUUCCCCACCCUCCUCUGUCAACCAACUCUCUCUGUUCACCUCCUCUCUUUCCACCCCCCUCUUUCCACCCCCCUUCUUUCCACCCCCUCUUUCCACACCCCUUCCUUUCUGACCCCCUCUUUCCACCCGCCCCCUCUCUUUCCGCCCCUUCCUCUCUUUCCACCCCCUCUCUUAUGCACCCCUGCUCCUCUCUUAACCCCACCCACUCGCCUCAAAGUCUUCCCAGAAAUAAUUGGACAUUGAGUUAUUAAAGAAGAUAGAAGUGGUCAAAUGCUGCAUUAAAGAGGCAGGUUUUAAUAAAGUACAAAGAGAAAACAAAGUUGAGGUCAGGGAUGUAAGGAUUAUAUAUCAAAGCCGCUGGGUGAACAAAGAUGUGCCACACUGCCUUUUGUGUUGGCAGUAAUCCUGGAUUCAAUCUUAAUCCCAGUAUUUGGAAACAUUUAUACCUUAACUUUGAACUAUAAAGUCUAAACCUAUCAUGUCAAAGCAACUGCUGUUAUAGCAGAGGUGAAAAGAAUACAGGUCCUCCCCAUCAGUCCACAAAUGAAUAAGCAUUUGCAAUUGGCAGCGUGGAUUUGCCAGUUGUGUCGGAAUGCAUGUGGCUGUUCUUGAUCCCAGCUGAAAUUUUGCCACAUCAACCAAAGAAGCAUAUAUUCUACUGAAUAUGCUGGUGUCCAUUUUGUGAACCCUAUCUAGAGGCAUAACAUUUAUAUGCCAGCAGAAAUGCUCUUUAUAAAACCAUCAAUAGCAUUUAAAACCUUGUCUGUAGUGAAAUCCUUUAAAAAAAAAACCUUGCCAUAUCCUGGGGAGUAUCUGCAUACAGCUUUACUAUUGAGUGGGUGUCCUCCAAUACCUGAAAUCUAAAUCUGGGACAAGCUGUUAUGAAGUAUGGUGCCCUCUGAGCAAUUAUGAUAUUGAUAAAAUUCAUAAACCUGAACUAUGCAGAUUCAGGUCCCUGGCAGCUAAUAUUUGCACUUUUCAACCCCAAAGAAACUGCUCAGCAGGUGGCAUCAACAUGAAGGUGAUUAACAGCAGAAUUGUGAUUCUUCAUGGGCCUGCAUCAGAACUUGUGUGUAGUAGGACACACCCUCAAUUCUGUCAGUCUCAUUGGUGUUGCAGUGGGGAUUUGCUUUUAUGAAUUAAUUACAAAAUGAACACAAAAUCAAAUGAGAAAGCAUACAAUACAGUACAAAGUAGUGGGAAUCUAGAAAACUGGGAGGCUUUAAAAACAAACAGAAGAGAAAUAAAAAAGCAAUAAGCGGAGAAAAUAUAUACAAGGGGUGAUUGAUAUGUUCAUGGCCUAAGGUAGACGGAGUCAAUUUUAGAAAACCUAGCACAUUUAUUUUUCAACAUAGUCCCCCUUACAUUUACACACUUAGUCCAGCAGUCAUGGAGCAUACGGAUCUUGGACCUCCAGAAUGAUAUGUUCAUGGCCCAAGGUAGAAGAAAAGGAGUUAUUAACUUCAAACUAAGUGUGUAAAUGUAGGAGGGGACCAUGUUGAAAAAUAAAUCUGCUAGGUAUUCUAAAAUUGACUCCUACCUUUGGCCACAAACUUAACAAUCACCCCUCGUAUAUAAAACCUGCCUUUUAAUGCAACAUAUCGUCACUUCUACCAUCCUUUUUUCCCUCAAUGUCCAAUUAUUUCUGGGAAGACUUUGAUAAAAUGUCCCAAGUAUGUUAUUCUGCUUAAGACAUUGUAUAAGCUGUUGUUUAAUUCAUGUUUAACAAAUAUUAAUGCAUGGUUAAUCUUUAGCUUUACAACUAAUAUAUAAUUCCAUUAUUUUAUAAUGGUUUGAACUGAGAAUAGUAGUGGCCUGCAUGUAUUUCUUCACUUGAGGGGGGGAUACUGGAACAGACGGACAAACAUUUGGCUUCAGAGCAUCCUGAGAGCAGAGGGGUGGAAAGAAUUCGGAAAGGAGAUCAAGAUCUUUAGACUCAUUGCACCCAAAAUUUUGGCUGCUAUUGGUUUAGCAGUUAAAAUAUGGGACACUCAAGUGGCCAGAAUCGAAAGAGCACAGAUACUUGAGGGGGGAUUAGUGCGAUUUGAAAGCGAGGGUAGGAAUUUUGAAAUUGGAGUACCUUCCACUCAAUGUGACAUGAUCUGCCCAAGUUAAUAAUGCAAUAUUUCAUUGUCAAAGUUGUAACUAAUAUCCUAGAUAAAUCAGAAAAACAAUGUGUAUAUAGUGGCUUCAUAUUAGCUAGAGGCAGCAAUGGUACACUAUAAAAUCUGACAGGACGAUCAGGUCAUACAGCUUAAAGAAAACCUCUGAAAGGUACAUAAAGUGAGAUAAAACAGGGAAAUAAUAAAAACAAAAAUGCAAUUGGAAAUAACAUUCAUAUUACACAGCCAGCUGUGUUUCCACACUCCAUCAAUGUAACUUGCAAGUUAAUUCACAUAGCUCCUGACAUGAUUGGCCCAAUUUUGGAGCAAAUGGGGUAUGUUAGUUUGUACCACAGUUAUGUUUCAAGCUGUCUGAGAGCAGACCAGCUUUGCCAAUCGAGGACAUUGUAUUUUUUUUAAAGCGGCCCAUCCAUUCUAAUUAAAUCUGCAGUGUGCAGAUGCUGUUUCCAGAUCUAUUGAAUAUUCCCACAUUGCUUUAUAGAAUUUCCAAAGGUGACAGUGUCAGUGUCAUGAGUUCUCAUGUCUGAUUGUCAGAACUGUGUAGUUCAGCAUUUCAUUUUCAAAGCCAUGAGCAAAACCCACAAAAUGCUGGAGGAACUCAGCAGGUGGAACUGAAGAGUUGACCAGGAAAUAAGGGGUUCACCUCCCUGUCCUUAUGACCUGCCCAUCACCUCCCCCUGGUUCCCUGCUACCUUCACUUUAUUUCAUGAUCUACUGUCCUCUCCUAUCAGAUUCCUUCUUCUUCAGCCCUUUGCACCAUCUACCUAUCAUCUCCUAGCUUGUCACUUCAUUCUCUUUCAACCCCCCAACCAUUUACCUUCCCCCUCUCAACUGGACUUGCCUAUUACCUACAACUUGUGUUUCUUCCCCUCCACUAUCUUUUUUAUUUUGGCUUCUGCUCUCUUCCUUUCCAACCCUGAUGAAGGGUCUCUGUCUGAAAUAUCAAUUGUUCAUUUCUCUCCAUAGACGCUUCCUGAUAUGUUGCGUUCCUCCAGCAUUUUGUGUGUGUUGUUUAAAGUUUCCGGCAUCUGUGGAACCUCUUGUGUCUCCGUUGUGGCAGUGUAACCUCUGUUUUGUGUGGCAGAAAUCAUACCGUCCACUUUUCAAGUUUCUGUGAGAGGAGAUGGUGAUUAAAACAUGCCACUAAAAGCUGAACAGAAAUUAUCUUCUUGAAAGAAGCUUCAGCAAAAUUGCAAAGAGGAACUGUUGUUAUUUGUAGGGGUUUUUAUUUAGCCACUGCUGAAAAUUCUGCUGGUUCAUAGCAAAUGGGCUAUUACGCAACACUUCUAGCAAGCCAGCUAAUAGCUCUGAAUUGAAUUGACUAUUUCUCACAUCCUUCGCGUACGAGGAGUAAAAAUCUUUGCGUUACGUCUCUGUUUAAAUGUGCAAUGCGCCUUGAGACUGGGAUUCUGUUCUGUAUGGAGGACCAACCAAGAGUGUUCCAUUCAUAUGACCGAAUUGCAAAACUAUUUGUACAUUGGUGGGUGUCUUUGUCACUGUUCAUAUUAUCUUGCUUGUCAGUGCACAGGACAAAUAAACAUUAUUUAAUAUA